CAGCACGUUGGCCCGUCGCUGUUCGGCUCCUCCUACUCGUGUCAUCCGCCUCCUGUGUGUGUUUGUGGUGGCGGGAGAUUGCAGCAUGGCUGUGCAGCCCAAAGAGAAGUUGUCUAUGGACAGCGGGGCCGAGAAUGGCUUCCUUCACUUCUACCAGUCCAUGCCCGAGAAGCCCGACACCACCGUGCGAGUGUUUGAUAGGAACGACUACUACACGGUGCACGGGGGAGACGCGCUGUUUGCGGCCAAGGAAGUUUUCAAGACCAAUGGGGUGAUCAAGUACUUGGGAUCAGGAAACAAGAAACUGGAGAGUGUGGUGCUGAGCAAAAUGAACUUUGAGUCUGUAGUGAAGGAUCUGCUGCUGGUUCGUCAGUAUCGUGUAGAAGUUUAUAAAAAUAAAUCUGGAGGCAAAUACUCUAAGGAAAAUGAUUGGCAGUUGGCUUUUAAGGCCUCGCCAGGUAAUCUCACACAGUUUGAGGAGAUUCUAUUCGGCAACAAUGACAUGUCUACGGCCGUUGGAGUGGUCGGUAUCAAACUGGUCAGCUCUGAAGGCCAGAGGUUGGUCGGGGUCGGUUACGUGGACUCUACACUGAGGAAGCUGGGAGUAUGUGAAUUUCCAGAUAAUGAUCAGUUCUCUAAUCUGGAAGCUUUGCUGGUUCAGAUUGGGCCAAAGGAAUGUGUAAUGCCUGGAGGAGAAACUGCUGGAGACAUGGGAAAACUGAGGCAGAUUGUCAAGAGAGGUGGGAUUCUGAUAACAGACAGAAAAAGGGCAGAAUUCAGCACAAAAGACAGUGUACAAGAUCUUAAUCGCCUGCUUAAAGCAAAGAAAGGAGAGCAGGUGACCAGCGCUGCAUUACCAGAGAUGGAGAAACAGGUUGCAAUGUCAGCCUUGGCGGCCGUUAUGAAAUAUCUGGAGCUGUUAUCUGACGAGUCUAACUUUGGGCAGUUUGUGAUGACCAACUUUGACCUGAGCCAGUACAUGAAGCUAGACAACGCGGCCGUGGGGGCUCUCAAUCUGUUCCCUGGAUCUGCGGAAGAUACCAGCGGCACUCAGUCAUUGGCAGGACUUUUAAAUAAGUGCAAAACUCCUCAAGGGCAAAGACUUGUCAAUCAGUGGAUUAAGCAGCCUCUCAUGGACAAGAACAGAGUCGAGGAAAGGUUGAAUUUAGUAGAAGCUUUUGUGAUGGACGUGGAAUUAAGGCAGUGCCUCCAGGAGGAUCUGCUCCGUCGUUUUCCGGACCUUAAUCGCUUGGCGAAGAAAUUCCAGAGACAGACUGCCAACCUGCAGGAUUGUUAUAGACUAUACCAGGCCGUCAAUCACCUUCCGACUGUUGUACAAGCAAUAGAAAAAUAUGAAGGGACACAUCAGAUGCUGCUGUUGGCAGUGUUUGCGACGCCUCUUUCUGAUCUGUCGUCGGACUUCUCCAAAUUUCAAGAAAUGAUUGAAACCACAUUGGAUAUGGAUCAGGUGGAAAAUCACGAGUUUCUUGUUAAGGCCUCAUUUGAUCCAAACCUGACGGAGCUGAGAGAGAAGAUGGAUGAGCUGGAGAAGAAUAUGCAGGGGGCCCUCGGUGGUGCUGCCCGGGAGCUGGGGCUGGACGCUGGCAAAAGCAUCAAACUGGAAUCAAACUCGCAGAUUGGCCACUACUUCCGCGUUACGUGCAAGGAGGAGAAGGCCUUGAGGAACAAUAAGAAGUUCACUACAAUCGACAUACAGAAAAAUGGGGUCAGAUUUACCAACAGUAAACUGAGCUCACUAAGUGAAGAGUACAUGAGAAACCGAGAGGAAUAUGAGGAGGCCCAGAAUGCUAUUGUUAAAGAAAUUAUAACUAUUUCUGCUGGAUAUGUGGAUCCAAUUCAGACGCUGAACGACAUCAUUGCGCAGUUGGACGCUGUUGUGAGCUUUGCCCACGUGUCUAACAGCGCGCCAGUACCGUAUGUCCGGCCCGUUAUUCUGGAGAAGGGACAGGGAAGAAUUGUGCUGCACUCGGCCAGACACCCGUGUAUCGAGAUGCAAGAUGAUGUGGCGUUUAUACCUAAUGAUAUUACAUUUGAAAAGGAGAAGCAGAUGUUUCAUAUUAUCACUGGCCCUAAUAUGGGUGGGAAAUCGACGUAUAUCCGCCAGACUGGUGUCAUAGUCCUCAUGGCGCAGAUCGGUUGCUUUGUACCCUGUGAUUCUGCACAAGUCAGCAUAGUGGACUGUAUUCUUGCUCGAGUUGGUGCUGGAGACAGUCAGUUGAAAGGAGUUUCAACAUUUAUGGCUGAGAUGCUAGAAACUGCCUCGAUACUCAGGUCUGCUACAGAGAACUCUCUGAUUAUCAUUGAUGAAUUGGGUCGAGGAACCUCCACGUAUGAUGGUUUUGGCCUGGCAUGGGCAAUAUCCGAAUACAUUUCCACUAAAAUCAAGGCUUUUUGUAUGUUUGCUACCCACUUUCAUGAACUAACAGCCCUGGCUGACCAGGUCCCAACCGUCAACAAUUUGCAUGUUACCGCUCUCACCACAGAAGAUACCCUAACCAUGCUCUACCGAAUAAAGAAAGGGGUUUGUGAUCAGAGCUUUGGAAUCCACGUGGCAGAACUUGCCAACUUUCCUAAACAUGUUAUUGAAACGGCAAAGGAAAAGGCGCUGGAAUUAGAGGAAUUUCAGUAUGUUGGGAACCCCGAUGACUGUGAUGAUGAACCCGCCAGGAAAAGACGCUGCGAAGAGAAAGAGGAAGGUGAAAAGAUAAUCCAGGAUUUCCUCUCCAGAGUAAAAGCUUUACCCCUGACAGAAAUGUCAGAGGAAGAAAUAAAGAUCAAGCUGAAGCAGUUCAGAGCCGACGUCCUCGCGAAAAAUAACCGUUUUGUCAGUGAAGUUAUUUCCAGAACCAAAACGGGAUUGUGAAGUCUGUAGAUCUAUAAUUCUAAGAUGGUUUUUUCCAGCUGUUUCUAUUACUGUAUUUGUAUUGUUGCCUUUGGCUACUGAAGGCUAUUUACAGCUAGACUGUAUGAUGGAAUAAAAUGUUUUUCUAUC